GUAUGAACAAGUUGUAACAAGGCAACACAACCUCUAUAUGACCGAUACCAAUGUCUGCGUGUAAAGUCUCUAAACAUUUGUCAUCACUCCAACCUCUAGUCAAUUUUGCUGCACCUUGGCCUGCACCUUCCUCUUUCACUCCUUUCUCUCUCUCUCUUUUUCUUCUCUCUCUUAAUCCCUUUUAAUUUCCCUCCUCGUUUAUUUGCCUUGUGACCAAACUACACACAACAAACAACAACAACAAAAACAAUACAUAGCUGUUCUUUUUUUGUUCUUUCAUUUUUUAUUUUGUGCUAUAAGAAAAACCAACAUGAGAAUUGGAAGCAAAUUAUUAAUCAAAGGAGCUGAAAUGGGUUUUUCAUCUAAAGAAGAGAAAUCCAAAAGAGUAUUAAGGGUGGUGAAGACACUGUUUUUCUUAAUCACCAUGAUUCUUUCACUUCUUCUUUUUUCUGCUCCUGUUCUAUUGGUUAUUGCUGAUGCUCUUCUUCCUUCAGCUCUUCUCUCUACACUUUCACCUGUUUCUAUUUCUCCGUCGAUUACAACACUCUCUUCUCAUUUCAACAACUACGAUUUUCGUUACUCUCUCAUUGAUAUACCACUCGUUUCAAUAAUUAGAUCCUUCAUCAUCUUCUGUGUUUAUAGUUUGUGUGAUGGACCAAGACUUUCGAGAGGACCUUAUUUGGGAGUUACUACGAUGUGCUCUGUUUUGUCUCUGUUGUUUGUUUCGUUUAAAGCUGUUUAUGUGUUCGGAAAUGGAAGUGGGUAUGUUGGAGGAUCAGAAAUUGCUCUGUUCGUUUGUUCUUGUGUGUUGGCUGUGGGACAUGUUGUCGUGGCAUAUAGAACAAGUUGUAGAGAGAGAAGAAAGCUUUUAGUCUACAAGAUUGACAUUGAAGCUCUUUGGCAACAUAUCACUUUGCUGACUUUUCAAUACAGCCAAUUUGAGGUGGUUGGAGUUGGGCAUGAUUUCAGCUUGCACAAACGGGUAUCCUAGGUAUCCAAAGAUUCUUCAAGAAGAGAGAAUCAAAUGAUCAUUCACUAUGUGGCACUUAGAGAUUAGAGGAAAUAUAUAUAUAAAAAUAUAGAUUUUCAACUAACAGCUUCAACAAAUAUAUUAAUUAAGGUCUCAUGUUCGUCAAGGAAUGCUACUGGUUUAUCCUAAGGAUACCAAUAAUCUUUGACACCUAACACUGAUUAUAGUCUAGCUAGUUUAUACUCCACAGCUACCAGGAAACAUAAAGUUGUUGAAUGGUGUUUAUUUAGGUAUAUGUAUAAUUGUACACAACAGAGCUUCAUCUCUGUCCAUUUAUGUAAUGUUUUUUUAUGUCUCAUUUUUUUGUUUUAUUUACGGGUUGAUUAUUGUAUCUUGUUGUAUAUAUAUAAAUGAAUGGAUUGUUAUAAUGGUCAAAAGCCAACUUAAAGUAUGAAUCAAUUAUUAAAUAGUUACACUUAGA